AAAAAACAGAAGUGCGGUUAAAAAGUUGGAUUCGGCAAAAUUAGGUUAAAAUAUAACAUUAAGUUUAUAAGGUUUUUAUUCCAAAUGGGUCGUGAUAAAAAAGUUAAUCCUUUUGCGAAAAAGAAAAGAGAUAAAAGAUUUGGUCAACCGAAACCAGAUCGACGAUCAGAGCCAUAUGAAGAAAUUGUUCGUGAAAAUGAAUCAUUUUACAAAUAUUACAAAGCACAAAAUAUUUGCCCUGAUAAUGAAUGGGAAAUUUUUCUUAAUAAAAUUAAGGAUAAUUUACCUACAACAUUUCGUAUCACUGCAUCUAAAGAUGAAGCUAUGGCUCUAUUAGAUAUUAUUAAAACAGAAUUUUUUGAAGAGUAUACAAAAUCUGUAUCAGAACUUCAUCAAGUUGAUAAUGAAGAAGUAUUAAAACCCUUUUGUUUGCCAUGGUAUCCUGAUGGAUUAGGAUGGCAAUUACAUUUAUCACGGAAAGAUAUCCGUAGAUCUGAACCAUUGUAUAAAUUACACAAUUUUUUAAUUGCUGAAACAAAUGCUGGUGCAAUCAGUAGACAAGAAGCUGUUUCUAUGAUUCCACCUAUUGUAUUAGAUGUUAAACCAACUGAUAAAGUAUUAGAUAUGUGUGCAGCUCCCGGUUCUAAAACAACUCAAUUAAUAGAAGGAUUACACUCUGGUAACCAAGAGGCUAUACCUUCAGGUUUUGUAGUUGCAAAUGAUAUUGAUAAUAAUCGUUGCUACAUGUUGGUACAUCAAGCAAAACGUUUAAAUUCACCAUGCAUUGUUGUUACAAAUCACGAUAGUGCAUUUUUACCCAAUAUGAUCCAAACUAACCCCAAUGGAAAAAAACAAAUUUUAAAAUUUGAUAAGGUUUUAUGUGACGUACCGUGUUCUGGUGAUGGAACAUUAAGAAAAAAUCCAGAUAUUUGGUUAAAGUGGAAUGCUGGACAAGCUUUAAAUUUGCAUGGAAUUCAAUAUCGUAUUGCACGUCGUGGUGCUGAGCAAUUAGCUGUUGGUGGUCGUCUUGUUUACUCUACAUGCUCAUUGAAUCCAAUUGAAAACGAAGCUGUUUUACAGCGUCUUGUUAAAGAUUCAAAUGGGGCUUUAGAAAUUGUUGACGCAUCUCAUUUAGUACCAGGUCUUAAAUAUAAGCCUGGUUUGACGGAUUGGAAAUUGAUUUCUAGAGACAUUGAAAUUUAUACGAAAUGGGAUGAAGUACCACAAAAAUAUCAUACAGUCAUAAGACCUAAUAUGUUUCCACUUCCUCCUGACGAAAUUAAAGAAAUUGGACUAGAAAAAUGUAUGCGUGUUCUUCCCCAUUUACAAGAUACUGGAGCAUUUUUUGUCGCAGCUUUGAUAAAAAAAAAACCUCUAGAGUGGGAGAAAAAUGAUAAUGUAGAAAAAACAAUAAAUGAAAUGAAAUCGAAUAAAAAUGAUUCUGAUAUGAGCAAAGAAGAUGAUGAGGAAAAAAAAUCUGUACCAUGGGGACCACAACGUAAAAAACGUCGUCUAGAUGGUUAUAAAGAAGAUCCUUACGUAUUUUUUACUGAAAAUGAACCAGUUUGGGAAGAUAUCAAAUCAUUUUACGAAUUAAAUGAUUCUUUUAAUAAAGAUUGCCUUUUAACUAGAUCUUUAAUUGGUAAAAAGAAAAAUAUAUAUUUUUGUUCCCCUGAAAUACGGGAUUUAGUAAUAAAUAAUGAAGAUUCUGUAAAAAUAAUAAAUACUGGAGUUAAAAUGUUUGUGCGAUGUGAUAACAGAAAUAUGAAAUGUGCAUUUCGUUUAGCACAAGAAGGAUUAAAUACUUCAAAUCCAUUUAUCGGAAAGAGUAGAAGAUUAGAUUUAUGUCGUGAAGAUUUAUUGAAAUUAUUGUAUUGUACGGAUCCCACAAAACCUCCACAUAUUACAAGUAUGACUGAAGAUACUCAAAAUAAAGUUGAAGAUAUAAAACCGGGUAGUUGUAUUUUAAAAUACAUUGAUGAUAAAUUUGCAAUUUCUCUUGUUGGUUGGAGAGGUACAACAAGUUUAAGAGCUUAUAUUGAACAAAACGAAACUAUACAUAUAUUAAGAUUAUUAAAAGCAGAUAUAUCUCAAUUUGUUGUUAAUAAAUUCAAGAAAUCUGAGGAAAAUAGUCCUGAAAUAACAGAAAUCGAAAAUGAUGAGAAAUCUGAAUCUAUUGAUGACGAUUCUAAUAAUGCAUUGAAUAAAGAAAUCGAGUAACAUGUUAUGAAAAAUAAUAAUUAUACACAAUUUAUAUUAAAAUAUACAAUUAAAUUUUAAUGUUUCUUAUUUAAAUUAAAAAAAAAAAAUUUUAUUAUUUUUUAUAAUA